CUGACAUCCGUCGCGGCCCAUCCAAAAAGGGACGGACUGGUCGAUUUGCAGACGAAAACCCUCUCUCUCUCUCUCUCUCUCUCUCUCUCAUAUCUUCUCCGUUGUCUGUAACCUAUUACCUAUCCGUGAACAGAAAGAAUUUGGACUGUAACGGAGAAUUUUCAACGAAGAGGUCCAUAUAUAUUCGUGGUCGCUAUUUCUGUUGUAUUAUUUGGAGGAGAAUCUGCAGUUUUAAUGGAGGUUUGUGCUUUCGAGUUGAGGAACACAUUGUUAGAUUCCUUUUGAGGCUUUGAAGGAACGGGAUCUGUGUAAUGACGCUCAAAUCUGUCGCGUCCCCUCCAAGGUUGAAGAUUUGAAGGAAUGGAGCUAAGAGGCAUUCUGGUGAUCUUUGGGGGACAAGAUUUAUGCGAUUGAGCCCGCGUUAUCGGUUUCUUUUUCUGUACAUAUUUGCUUACUAGUGUUUAAAUCGGCUGAUCUGGGAAUAAUGUGUGUGUUUUUGCCAUUUUAGAGAUGAAUUUAUGGCGCCAAUCUGUUAUUUUCAUUGAAGGUAGCUUUUGGGGCUUUUGAAGUUCAUAAUCUUCGGAGAUACGUGCUUCUUGGUUUCUAUUUGUAUUCAAGUUCUCGUUACAAGCUCGGAAAGGGGUUCUGUUUUAUCAGAUAAUGCUCAGGUUCUUGAAAGGGCUUAGAGUUGAUAAGGAUUUGGAGCUCUGCCGAUAUUUGGUUUUUGUCAUUUGACUUUCAGAGAAGUGAGAAGAAGUGAUGUCUCUCAAGAGUAUUAUUCAGGACAUGAAGGGGGAAAUCGGUAACAUUUCUAGGAAGGGUUUUGAAAUGAAGCGGGGCUAUGGGUUGAGAUCGAGGUCACAUCGAGUGGUUCAGGAUAUUUCGGUUCCUGUCGACGCUCUGAAGCAGAGUUGUUGGGCUAACAUGCCGCAAGAGCUACUGAGGGACGUAUUGAUGAGAAUAGAAGAAUCAGAAGGUGCCUGGCCUCCUCGGAGGCACGUGGUUGCUUGUGCUGGGGUUUGCAGGAGUUGGAGGGAAAUGACGAAGGAGAUCGUGAAGACCCCUGAACUUUCCGGCAAGUUGACAUUUCCCAUCUCACUGAAGCAGCCUGGCCCAAGAGACUCCCUCUUCCAAUGUUUUAUAAAGAGGAAUCGGACCACGCAGACAUAUCAUCUCUACCUUGGCCUUACUCAAGCAUUAACUGAUAACGGCAAGUUUCUUCUUGCUGCACGCAAGUGUCGACGCCCAACAUGCACAGAUUACAUCAUCUCUCUAAAUGCUGAUGAUAUGUCUAAGGGGAGUAGUACCUACAUUGGGAAGUUGAGGUCCAACUUUUUGGGAACCAAAUUUACAAUAUAUGAUGCACAACCUCCUCAUGCUGGGGUUACAGUUACUAAAAGUCGCUCCACUCGGCUAGUGGGUUUGAAACAGGUCUCUCCAAGAAUCCCUGCUGGAAACUACCCAGUAGCACACAUUUCAUAUGAGUUGAAUGUUUUGGGUUCCCGGGGUCCAAGGAGAAUGCAGGUUGUAAUGGAUGCUAUCCCAGCCUCAGCAAUUGAACCAGGAGGUGUGGCUCCUACACAGACUGAGUUCCCACUUAGCAACGUGGAUUCCUUCCCAUCCCUUCCAUUUUUCAGAUCAAAAUCAACUCGCACAGAGACUUUCCAUUCAGGACCUUUAACUAACCCGAAGGAGGGAUCCUUGGUGUUAAAGAAUAAGGCGCCUAGGUGGCAUGAGCAGCUCCAGUGUUGGUGUCUGAAUUUCCGCGGCCGCGUAACAGUUGCUUCUGUGAAGAAUUUUCAACUUGUGGCUGCUCCAGAGAAUGGAUCAGCAGGACAAGAGCAUGAGAAAGUCCUCCUCCAAUUUGGAAAAGUGGGGAAGGACUUGUUUACCAUGGAUUACCAAUAUCCAAUUUCUGCAUUCCAGGCAUUUGCUAUUUGCCUUAGCAGCUUUGACACCAAGAUUGCUUGUGAAUGACAAACAGUGAAGUGUAUAAACAUCGAUUGUGGGCUUGAGGAUGUAAUAAAAUAUUCAUUGGGAAGAUGAUGGUGGCGUUGUUGGUGUGUUGCUGGACAAAGUCAAAAGUGCAAUGGAGAUGCCGGCUGGUCAAAUCAGUCUGCAAUUUGUCUUUUUUGCAUGUAUAUUUCCUCUACAUCUUUUUCAUUGUUUGUACAUAAGAAAUGUUCUGAACUUGAGGCAUACUUGUCCAGUCCUGGGUAACGUCGCCAUCCGACUGCAAUGAUUCUCGUUUCUUGUGGACUGAAACAUGGACGCCUGAGUUUAAAUUUAUAGUUUGAACUCUCUUGAGGUGUGUGAUGGCAAGAUGACAGUGUUCGGACAUGGUUUUGUAGGCUUGCGAGUUACUUCUCAUAUUGUAGAGAGCUCGUCCAGACUUUUGAUCAGAGGCUUUGCCCUGUUUCCAUCUUCAAGUUUUGUACAGCAAAUAUGCAUGUUGGCUUAUAUGGGAUGGUCUGCAAAGCCAUUGAUUAAGCUCAACGUUUGUUGAUAUUUGUGCACAACUUUUGGGCGACAGCCUAGAUAGAUGGUCAGGUCUUUCGUGUCAAGUCAAAUGGAUCCAUCUGAAAAUGUAUCAGUUUGACCAAUGUCUAUCAGCUAGCUCCUAUUGCAAUCAAAUCUGAUCAUUUUUUGCA